AUGAAGUAUUCUUUUGGAUUAGUAGCCCUUGCGGCUUUUGCAACUGCAGCACCAACAGAGGUUGAGAAGGAGGCCGCCAAGAUCGCACCACGCGCUGCUUGCACUACUGCUGUUAAGCUUGCUGCUGGUUCCAACCCUUUCUCCGGAAAGAAGUUCUACGCCAAUGAGUACUAUGCUGGAGAAGUUGCCGCUGCCGCAGCACAAAUGAGCGAUUCUUCAAUGGCUGCUAAGGCCGCGAAGGUUGGACAAGUUGGAAGUUUCUUGUGGAUCGAUACCAUCGCCAGAGUCCCACUGGUUGCCGAUACUCUUAGCAAAGUCGCUUGUGGAGAGAUUGCUCAGAUCGUCGUCUACGAUCUUCCAGGACGUGAUUGCGCCGCCAAGGCCUCCAACGGAGAGCUUGCUGUUGGAGAGAUCUCCAGAUAUAAGUCAGAGUACAUUGACCCAAUUGCUGCUGCCAUCAAGGCCAACCCAAAUGUUGCCGUGGCCUUGUUGAUUGAGCCUGAUUCCCUUCCUAACUUGGUUACAAAUGCCAACUUGACCACCUGCCAAGCAUCCAAAUCUGGCUACGAGGAGGGUGUCGCAUACGCAUUGAAGACUCUCAAUCUUCCAAACGUUGCCAUGUACAUCGAUGCCGGUCACGGAGGAUGGCUCGGAUGGGAUGCCAACCUUAAGCCUGGAGCUGAGGGUAUUGCCAAGGUCUACAAGGCUGCCGGUUCCCCAAAGCAAGUCUUUGGUUUCGCUACCAAUGUUGCCGGAUGGAACGCAUUCCAACAAACUCCAGGAGAAUUCUCCACCGCGACUGACGCCAAGUACAACAAGUGCCAGGACGAGAAGCGAUAUGUCAACGCCUUCGCUCCUCUCCUCAAGACCGCCGGUAUGCCCAACCACGCCAUCGUCGAUACCGGACGCAACGCCGUCACUGGUCUCCGUCUCGCAUGGGGAGAUUGGUGCAAUGUCAUCGGAGCCGGUUUCGGUGUCCGACCAACCACCACUACCAACGACGCUCUCGUCGACGCCUUUGUCUGGGGCAAGCCAGGAGGAGAGUCUGACGGUGUCAGCGACCCAGAUGCUGAUCGUUAUGAUUCUUUCUGUGGUCACGAGGAUGCAUUCAAGCCAUCCCCACAAGCUGGUCAAUGGAACCAGGCCUACUUCGAGCAGCUCCUUGCCAACGCCAAGCCACCAUUCUAA